GAUAGAAGAAUAUUAUACAAAUGAUAGCCACACUCUUUCUGCACCUCAUAUUUAUGAAUUCUUAAGUAAAGUAAUGUACAAUCCACUUUGGAAUUCAUUUAUAGUGGGAGGAUAUCACAAAGGAGAAAAAUUUCUUGGACAUACUGAUUUACUUGGAACAACAUUUAAAGCAACAACAAUCUCAACGGGUUUUGGAGCUCAUUUGGUACAACCUAUCCUUCGUAAUGCUGUUGAAGGUC